AAGAUAAAAGAGAAGAAAAGAACAAAUAUUCCUGAGUUGGGUUGUGGAAUAUUGUCCUGAAAAAAGAAACUAGCACCUUCAAGAACCUUCUACCAUUCCUAUAAAAUCCAUCAUCUUCCUAAAACAAAACACUCUAAAAACAUAAUCAAAAUACAACAGAUAACAUGGAGAAUAGUGAAAAUAGAAGAGUUGGGGUAGCCAUGGAUUAUUCUUCAACAAGCAAAUCAGCUUUGAAAUGGACUGCUAAUAAUCUUCUUAAGGAUGGAGAUCACUUAGUUUUAAUACAUGUUCAGCCUCCUAAUUCUGAUACUCCCACAAAGCUCCUUUUCCAAGACACUGGCUCACCUUUGAUUCCUCUCGAGGAAUUUGGAGAGAUUAAGUUGGAGAAGCAGUAUGGAUUGAGUAAUGAUGCUGAGGUCCUUGAUAUUCUUCACAAUUUGGCUACAACUAAAGGGGUAAAAGUCAUGGCUAAGGUUUAUUGGGGUGAUCCAAGAGAGAAGUUAUGUGAGGCUGUUGAUGAUCUUAAUCUGCACUCACUUGUUCUUGGAAGCAGAGGUUUAGGCUCUAUUAAAAAGGUAUUGCUUGGGAGUGUGAGCAACUAUGUGGUGAAAAAUGCUUCAUGUCCAGUAACAGUGGUGAAAGGGAAGCCAUUGGCAUUGUCAAACUCCAAAGCCUAAUUGUUAAAUCCUCUAUUUUCCCUUUUCUUUUUCAUUUGUUCAAAGUUUACUGUACAUAGCCAGAGCAAUCAUCGGGUGUUCUUUUUGUUCUUUUCGGUUGAAUGGACAAUGAAUUUGUGUUCUUUUAGCAUUUGUUGUGAAUUAAAUUAAAUAAAAUAUAUUGUGAUUGUGAGUUGUAA